UUAAGAUGCAACCGCUUGUCUUUACUUCAGAUUAACGUCGAAACGCUUUGCUUUGCAGUGAAUUUGGCAGGCAAUUAAAUUACGCCUGUCGUUGAAUCGGCGUGUUUGUUAUACAUCUGGUGUCUAGGUUUCUUUGCCAUGAGCGACAACGAGAAAGAUUUCCGGGAGAAGGUUGAGGUUGAAGAAAGAAAAACGCGGAAGACGUUUCAGAUGUGAAGUUGUUAUUGUUUCACGCUGAUGGUGUUGAUGCAUGCUAAUGUAAUGGAUGCUGAAAAGAAGCACUCAAGAUCUAUCCCCACUACUAGUGUUGUAAUGGCAGAUGGUAAAUGGGGCAAGAGGAGGAAAAAAGAAGUCAUAAUGUCAAACAGAAGAAAGAAGAAAUCAAGGGUUGUUUUGAAGUAAUGAAGUUGAAGAAGUUAUGAAGUUAAGAUCAGAAGUUUACCUGGGUAUGAGUAAUUUCCUAACAGCCUGCUAUGUUAUACUAUUUCAUCUCGUUUCUUUCUUUUAAGCAUGCACCGUUUAUUUCCCACUCUAUCAGAAACAUCACUGGUCAAUCCUUCCAUUACUUUUAGGUUUAUGUUUGUGCAGUUUUAAUUAUCAGCUAAAUUACACAAUAUCUACUAUAUUUGUUGCAAUCUGUGACCUUUGUGUAAAUGAAUAGCAAUAUCCUAAAUAUCAAUCUCAAACCUUUUUGAAGGUCAAAAUCUGGUGUACUCCUUCUGAAAGGGGCAUCUGGAGGACAAUCGCAGUCGCCUCCUGUCCCUUUUUUUCCUAUUAUUGGGAGAUGUAGCAUAUUUCUUAUCUCCUUAUCUAAUGUGUAGGACAUGAGGCCAGGGUCAAGGAGUGCGUCCCCUCGAGGCUCUGCAAAGUCUGCCAGUCGUUCACCAGCAUGCUCCAAAGAUGGCUCCCGGCACUCUAGGUCCAGAUCUCGUUCUCGAUCUAGAUCUAAAUCCAGGUCCCGUUCUCAUCGAAGCUCAAGAAGGCACUACUCCCGCUCUCGUUCCCGCUCCCACAGACACCACUCUAGGAGCAGAUCUCGCAGCUGGGAGUACCGCCGCCGCAGGAGCCAUAGUCGUUCCCCCAUGUCAAAUCGACGUAGACACAUUGGCAACAGGGCCAACCCUGAUCCAAGCACCUGUCUGGGUGUUUUUGGACUGAGUCUUUACACCACUGAGAGGGAUCUGAGGGAGGUCUUCUCUAAAUAUGGCCCUUUGGCUGAUGUCAACAUUGUGUAUGACCAGCAGUCACGUCGUUCAAGAGGCUUUGCCUUUGUCUAUUUUGAAAGCUCUGAUGAUGCCAAGGAGGCUAAGGAACGUGCUAAUGGAAUGGAGUUGGACGGCAGAAGGAUUCGUGUGGAUUUCUCUAUCACUAAACGAGCUCAUACCCCAACCCCUGGAAUUUACAUGGGACGUCCUACAUAUGGUGGUGGAGGAGGAGGUGGAGGAGGUGGCGGAGGGGGAGGAGGUGGAGGAGGUGGUGGAGGAGGUGGUGGGUCUUCGCGGCGUGUCUCAAGAGAUUAUGACAGAGGCUAUGAAAGAGGUUAUGAUCGUGAAUAUGACCGCGAAUAUGAUCGAGAGUACAGAUCAUACAGACGCAGAUCUCCUUCUCCUUAUUACAGUAGAGGGUACCGCUCUCGAUCCAGAUCGCGAUCCUAUUCACCGCGUCACUACUAAGACAUGUCAACGGCAGAUUUUAGAUGCGUCAUUGUUUAUUUGUACGGCUUUGACCAGGUCUUUUUUCCCGUGAUAGGCAUUUUGGAAUCGUGUGUGUAAAGUUAAACAAAAUUUCCCCAAAUUAAUAUUGUAGUGGUGAAUCAAAAUCAUCACCAGAUUUGUGGGAUGAAUAAGUGUAUUGCCUGAACUGUAAGCUGACAACUGGAAUAAAGUGUAAAUGGGUAAUGCUUUAGGUUUGCAUUGAAUACAGACUUAUUCCUUCCUUGCUAAAAUGCGAGAUGGUUUCCAAGCUUCUAAAAACGAAGAAGUUUAAAAAGUCUGCUUGUAGGUGGAUAUUGAAGAAAUUGGUUCAACUUUUUUUAUUAUUUUUUUAAAGGAGUUUUGUGAAUGUUGUAUCAAUUUAUCAUAGUGUUUGCCAGAAACAAAAACUGGUGACAAACCUGUUUUUCUUGAUGUUUUAAAUGCUACAUUUUUCUUGUUGAAAGUGUUUCCUGGUUGUAUAUAUGCAAUAAAAAGUCACUUGGGUCA